CUGUCUCGGGCGUCUCUCAGGCUUCGUGGAGUGACACUUGUUGCCGCACAAAGCGGCUGCAGUCCCGAGGGGGCGGCCGUCGUCGUCAUGCCCCGGUAUUAUGAGGACAAGCCGGAGGGCGGUGCGUGCGCCGGCGUGAAAGAGGACCUGGGCGCUUGUCUGCUGCAGUCGGACUGUGUGCUCCAGGAAGGGAAAACUCCGCGGCAGUGCUUGAAGGAAGGGACCUGCAGAGCCCUGCAAUACUCAUUUUUUGAAUGUAAAAGGUCAAUGUUGGAUACCAGAUCAAGAUUCAGAGGAAAGAAAGGCUACUGAUGCCGUUAUCUUGUAACCACAGUGAAAACAACAACGAAGGCAUCUCUCUGGUCUGGUCACUAAUGCAGAGAAGCCCACGUAGGAGAGACGCUGUUUGCUGUAUCUGCCUGGGUUCGUCUGGUUUUUCUCGCCACAGAAAACUGGGGAAAAUGGAUGAGUUCUUUUUGGAAAUAAGUAUGAAUAAAGAUUUUCUUGCAGUAAUAUGUAGAAGAAAAGUUUUAAUGGAGCAAUUAUGGACACAAAGUAAAUGUGUCUUGAAAAUUGUUAGAACAUUCUUAGAAAGCACAGAGAAUGAAAAGAUGGCUGGGUUCAGACUUGACUCUUCAAUGAAAUGACAUCACUUGUGACUACUGGGAAGAUUACUGGUUUGAUUGAACAAUAGCUUGGAGCCUGGAGAGAAGAUGUCUAUCAGGAAAGUUUUGGCUAAAUUUAUUUUAUGCAAUCGACCCUAGUUUUAAAAUAAAUUGUGUUUGAUUGCUUGGAGAAGAAAUACCUCGCUUUUACUUGAUUAUUGAAGUAAACCACCACAAAAUGUGAA